UCCGGUGAGGCGGCGGCGCAGGCGCAGCGGGGCGGACGCGGGAGGGAGGCCGGCGGGCCUUGGGGCGAGAUGCCGUACGCCAACCAGCCCACCGUGCGGAUUACGGAGCUCACGGACGAGAACGUCAAGUUCAUCAUCGAGAAUACGGACCUGGCGGUGGCCAAUUCUAUUCGGAGAGUCUUCAUCGCUGAGGUUCCCAUAAUAGCCAUCGACUGGGUCCAGAUUGAUGCCAAUUCCUCAGUCCUUCACGAUGAGUUCAUUGCUCAUAGACUUGGCUUAAUCCCCCUCACUAGUGACGACAUUGUCGACAAGCUGCAGUAUUCCCGGGACUGCACGUGUGAAGAGUUCUGCCCUGAGUGCUCGGUGGAGUUCACCCUCGACGUACGGUGCAAUGAAGACCAGACCCGUCAUGUCACAUCUCGAGACCUCAUCUCCAACAGCCCCCGAGUCAUUCCGGUGACAUCACGGAACCGAGAUAAUGACCCCAAUGACUACGUGGAGCAGGACGACAUCCUCAUAGUCAAGCUGAGAAAGGGCCAGGAGCUGAGACUGAGGGCCUAUGCCAAAAAGGGCUUCGGCAAGGAACAUGCCAAGUGGAACCCUACUGCAGGGGUAGCUUUCGAAUAUGAUCCAGACAAUGCGCUGAGGCACACAGUGUACCCCAAGCCCGAGGAAUGGCCAAAGAGCGAGUACUCAGAGCUGGAUGAGGACGAGUCCCAGGCUCCCUAUGACCCCAACGGCAAGCCAGAGAGGUUUUACUACAAUGUGGAGUCCUGUGGUUCUCUGCGCCCAGAAACCAUUGUCCUCUCGGCCCUCUCGGGAUUGAAGAAGAAGCUGAGUGACUUACAGACUCAACUGAGCCAUGAGAUCCAGAGCGACGUCCUAACGAUUAACUAGCUGCACUCGCCUGUGUUCAGCAGCGGGGACUCCGGCCAGUGGGAUUGUAGUCUCUAGGAACUCCCCCCGUGCCGGGGCAAUAGAUGGCUGUUACUCAGGCAUCUCUGCAGGCCACCAGUUCCAACCGGCAGGGGUCACAGGCCACUAGGGAUGCCGCUGACACGAGCACAGGUUUUCCUGGAGCACCCCUGGCUCUGCCUGCUGUGAGCCAGUAGUGCUCCCCAGAACUAGGACAUCCCUUCCACCGUUUGACAUGCCUGUAGGGGGCAUACUGCUUCCCUGUCGAGAACCACUGAGUGGGAUUUCUCUCCUGAUCAUUCAGCUCUGUACUUUAAACCCUUUCUAUCCAAAAGGAAGGGCUUUCACAGAUGGGAGUGCCAGGACUUUCAUACUGCUUACAAAUCCUUCUAGUCCCUUCCCCCGGGCCAGCCUACUGGUACUUCAAUUCCCAGGUAUCCCAAAGUAGCCCUUUGGGAAUAGCAUUGGAGCGUGGCUGUCCUCUUCCCCCACAAAUAAAUAUGCUGUUUCAUUCUCUA